AAUAUCAUAUUAAUUGUGAAAGAUGUCUGACAAGUGCGUAUAUUGAUGUAUUCAUAAAGUUACAAUACAUAUAUGUAUCGUGUAACUGAUAAGUACUUCCGGUUCCGCUUAUCGCCAUAGAAGCACUAAAGUUGUUUGGAAGUUCUCUUUGUAUGUAGGUUAUACUAGAUUUGAUUAAUAAACUUUCAAAUCGUGCGUUUGUACAUUCAAGUACAUUAUUAAAAUUUCAAAAUGGGUGAUAUAAAAUCUUUUUUUCAUCAAUGGUGUGCGAAAAAUAGCAAAGAACCACAGUUUGACGUGAGGCCAACAGGGCCAAAACAUCGGCAACGAUUCCUUUGUGAAUUGCGGGUACCCGGGUUUGAUUAUGUUGGUGCAGGAAAUUCAACUAGCAAAAAAGAUGCUCAAGGAAAUGCAGCUAAGGAUUACGUUAAUUAUUUAGUUCGUUCAGGACAUGUGAACGCUGAUGAUGUUCCAAGAGAUACAGCAAGCAUUCAACUACAAGAGCCAAUAGUUCCUAAAAUAGAAUUUGUUGAGCCAGUAAAAUCUGUAUUUCAAGAUGGAAUGGGUCCUAAUGACAUUGGCGAAGCAUAUAGGGCUUAUAAUGAAUAUGGUCAAAGUAAUUAUACGUAUAUUGAUAGAAUAGCAGAACAGAAGAAAGUUGCAGAUGCAGAAGAUGUUGAUGUCAAUUCUGGUAUUCAUGGAAAUUGGACAAUAGAAAAUGCUAAAUCAAAGCUACAUCAAUUUAUGCAAACUAACAAAAUUAAUGCUGAUUAUAAAUAUACCACACUUGGUCCAGAUCAUACGAGGAGUUUUAUGGCUGAAAUGACUUUUUAUGUGAAACAACUUGGGAGAAAUAUUACUGGUCGUGAAACUGGUUCAAAUAAACAAACUGCAUCAAAAAGUUGUGCUUUGUCUAUUGUCCGACAAUUGUAUCACCUUGGUGUUAUUGAAGCAUUUAGUGGAACUUUGAAAAAAAAUAAAGAAGCAGAACAAAUAAAACCAUAUCUAGUUAAAAUUUCACCAGAUUUGAUAAAUCAGAUACAUGAUGUAUUGUCAAGUUUAGAUAUAAACCCAGUUCCAGUGCAGCGUGAAGAUGCAGUAGCGUGCAAAAAAGAAGAAGCCUCUGUCUCUUUGUUAACAAAUCAAGUGUUAGAUGAUUUCAUUUCAUCUGCACCUCAACCAGCUGGAGUAGUAAGUUGGUCUCCUCCACAACAAAAUUGGAAUCCAUGGACAGGUUGCAAUAUUGAUGAAGGACCAUUAGCAGUAACAUCUUUGGAGCAAUUGUCAGAACAGUUAUUACGUGAUGAACGAGAAAGAUUGCAACAAGAUGAGAGUCUUCAAAAAAGUAUUAAGGAUAGAUCUCACUUACCAGUUUUUUCAAUGAAGAAUGAAAUAAUGAAUGCUAUCAAUGAAAGUCCUAUAGUUAUUAUUCGAGGAAAUACUGGUUGUGGUAAAACAACUCAAGUGUGUCAGUUCAUUUUAGACGAUUACAUUGCAUCAGGUCAAGGUGCAUUUUGUAAUAUUGCUAUAACACAACCUAGAAGAAUAUCUGCUGUAUCUGUAGCUGAUCGGGUUGCUUCAGAAAGACACGAAAAUUUAGGAAUGUCUAUUGGAUAUUCCGUAAGAUUUGAAUCUUGUUUACCGAGACCUUACGGUAGCAUAAUGUUUUGUACUGUUGGUGUACUUCUAAGAAAAUUAGAAGGUGGUUUGAGAGGCGUAUCUCACGUUAUUGUUGAUGAAAUUCAUGAACGAGAUGUUAAUUCUGAUUUUAUCAUGGUUGUACUUCGUGAUAUGAUUCAUAUGUAUCCUGAUUUGCGAAUUAUUCUAAUGUCUGCUACAAUCGAUACUACGUUAUUUAGUAAUUAUUUUAAUAAUUGUCCAGUAAUAGAAAUACCUGGAAGAUCGUUUCCAGUGCAAGAAUAUUUCUUAGAAGAUUGUAUACACUUAACAAGGUUUGUACCACCUUUGGAUUCUAAGAAACGGAAAAAUCGAGAUUCAGAUGAUUUACCGGCAGAUGGAGAACCAGAAGAAAACUUGAAUAAAGUUAUUGAUGGAAAUUAUUCUAUACAAACGAAAAAUGCCAUGGCACAACUUUCUGAAAAAGAGAUAAGUUUUGAACUUAUAGAAGUUCUAUUAAAAUACAUUAAGGAUCAAGAUAUUCCUGGUGCCAUAUUAAUUUUUUUACCUGGUUGGAAUUUAAUAUUUGCAUUAAUGAAACACUUGCAACAACAUCCUGUUUAUGGAAGCUCAAGUUAUGUAAUUAUACCAUUGCAUUCACAAUUACCUAGAGAAGAUCAACGUAGAGUUUUCGAACCUGUAAUGCCAGGAAUAACAAAAAUUAUUUUAGCAACAAAUAUUGCAGAGACUUCAAUCACAAUUGAUGAUGUAGUUUAUGUAAUAGAUUCUUGCAAAGCUAAAAUGAAGCUUUUUACUUCUCACAAUAACAUGACGAAUUAUGCUACUGUUUGGGCUAGUAAAACAAACUUAGAACAGAGAAAAGGUAGAGCAGGUCGUGUCAAACCAGGGUUUUGUUUUCAUUUAUGCUCUAGAGCACGAUAUAAUAAAAUGGAUGAACAUAUAACUCCAGAAAUGUUUAGAACACCGUUACACGAACUAGCAUUAAGCAUCAAAUUAUUAAGAUUAGGAAGUAUUGGAAAGUUCUUAUCAAAAGCAAUUGAACCACCACCAAUAGAUGCUGUAAUCGAAGCUGAAGUUAUAUUACGCGAGAUGAAGUGUUUGGAUGAAAAUAAUGAACUAACACCCCUUGGGAAAAUAUUAGCUCGAUUACCCAUAGAACCACGUUUAGGCAAAAUGAUGAUUCUAGGUUGUAUAUUUCGUGUUGGUGAUGCACUUUCAACAAUGGCUGCAAAUAGUACAACAUUUCCAGAAGUGUAUAACAUGGGGCCUGAUGUAAGACGAUUAUCUGCAGAACAAAAAUGGUUUGCUGGUGCAAGAUAUAGCGAUCAUGUAGCAAUGUUACAUGCUUUUCAAGCAUGGGAAGAAGCUAGAGCUGGUGGAGAAUAUGCAGAGCUAGCAUUUUGUGAUUCAAAAAAUUUAAGCAUGGCCACAUUGAGAGUGACGUGGGAAGCUAAGAAUCAAUUGCAAGCACUUUUACAAAGUGCAGGCUUUCCGGAAGAAACUCUUUGUCCUACACCGUUAAAUUAUCAAGCUGGUGCAGAUGUUCGUCUUGACACAAUUACCGCGUUAUUAUGUAUGGGUCUUUACCCAAAUGUUUGCUAUCAUAAAGAAAAGAGAAAGGUUCUUACUACUGAAUCUAAAGCUGCAUUGAUUCACAAAACAUCAGUCAAUUGUAGUAAUUUUGAGCAAAAUUUUCCAUUCCCAUUUUUCGUAUUCGGAGAGAAGAUUCGUACAAGAGCGGUAUCUUGUAAACAAAUGACUAUGGUAUCACCGAUUCAUUUAUUACUAUUUGGUUCUCGAAAAGUCGAGUAUGUUGAUAAAAUAGUAAAACUGGAUAAUUGGAUCAACUUAGAUAUGGAUCCGGUUCAUGCGGCGGCAAUAGUUGCUUUACGACCCGCAUUAGAAAGCCUGGUUGUAAAAGCUGCAAAAGAACCUGAAACUAUUCUACAAUUAAGUCCUAAUGAACAAAAAGUGUUAAACGUGAUCAAGGCAUUAUGCAUUAUGAAUGCAUGCCGUUAUGAAUUAGAUCAGAUUACAGAUGGUGGCUUCUACUCACGAGGACCACGAAGGCGACAAUCUAUUAAUUUUUAUCCGGAAAGUGGUGCUCCCUCCAAAUUAAUGCGCGGAAGUAGUAAUUAUCGUGGGAGCGGUAGUGGAUACCCAAGAUAUGAUAAUUAUGGCGGAUAUAGAAGCAAUGGUAAUAGAGGAUACGGAAUGAAUAAUUCACGUGGAAGAGGCGGAGGUUGGGGUGGUAGAGGAGGAGGAGGUGGUUACCGUGGUCGUUAUUAAUACAUAAUCUUUAGUAUGUAAAAUUAGUAAAAUUUACUGUAAUAUGUAUUCAAUGUGUUUCACGUGUAUGUACAUUUUUUUUUAUAUUGUUGGAAUCGAAAUGUUGCUUUCUUUUUGAUUAAAAAUAUUUAUGUUAUCCCAUUAAAUAACAGUACAAAUAAAGCCUUGAAAAACAAUUUAAAA